UGAGCGUCAUGCCGGUGGAGACCCUCCAAGCCAGCCUCCACCCCAACCCGGCCGUGGGGCCCUUCACCUCCGCCAUGCCCUUCCGCAUCCUCAACAGGGGCCCCGAGUACUUCCGCCGGCCGGCGGCGCCCGGGGCCGCCAAGAAGCCCAGCGCCGUGGAGCGCCUGGAGGCCGACAAGGCCAAGUACGUCAAGAGCCGGCACGUGGCCAGCACCAAGCAGGAGCCGGUGAAGCCGCACUUCCUCCGGCAGCCCCUCUUCGCCCCCGGGGUGCGCCGAGCCAUGCUCACCCCCGGCCGCAAGACCCCGCAGGGAGGGUGCCGUCCCGACGUCUGCGCCGGCAAGAGCUCCUUGAACCUGGAGAUCCUCAACAACCUGAUCAACUUUUGCGACAGCCCGCUCGCCUUCGCCAAACCCGAGGGCCCCCUGGAGCACUUGCCGGGCACCCCCCCGAAAAAGGGGCCCGGGGAGGGCCUGAGUAAGCUCUCCCCGAGCUCGGUCUCCUCCAAGCCCCCCAGCACCGUGGCCGUGCGCCGGGUGGACGUCCGGCCGUGUGCGGCGCUGCGGGCCAGGGUGACCCCGACGAUCCAGUUGACUCCCUCGUCCACGUCGCCCGCCCACGCCCGGAUCCCUUCGGCCGGCUCCUUGAACUCCCCGAGCCCCUGCAGGGAGCUGUGGCCGGACGGCGGCAAGCACCAGACCCUCCUGCACCGAUCCAAAUCGGAUCUGAGCGACCGCUAUUCCCGGGCCACGGCCGACUUGGAGCGUUUCUUCAACUACUGCGGCCUGGACCCCGAGGACAUGGGCGACGUGGAGGUCGAGCGAUUCACCCGGGCCAGCUCCGACAUCGUCUCCGUCAAGUUCCACAGCGUCAGCACGGCCAGCUCGGAGGGGACCCGCUCCCGGCGCAGCGCGGUCACCUUGGAGGAGCGGCAGGCCGAGCGCAUGCCCUACGGCAUCUCCAUCAUUGAGCGCAACGCCCGGGUCAUCAAAUGGCUGUACGGGCUCCGGCAAGCGAAGGAACCCCAAAAGGUAUCCAAUGUAUAGUGGGGCGCUUCUGCGGACUCCGACGUGGGAAAAAAACCAAACUUUGGUGGUCUUCUUUGUAUGUUUUGGUAUUUGACAGUUGGAGGGAAACUGGACUUCUGUUCCCGGUUUUGUGUGCACCCCUGUGAGAAAUAUCUGGCAUGCGCGUUA